AUGAGUACAGGGUGCAAAGGCCUCGGGGACAGCUCCCCUGGCGAAGCAGAGGGAGCUGCUGCAGAGGCAAAGGCUCCUUCCCAACUGCUUCAGAUGGGAGAGAAGCAGAUCCAGACAGUGGUCCAGCAGUUGAUGGCCCUAAAUAUUCACAAGAGUGGCCCCCAGGGGGCCAAACCUGAGGAUGAGCAGGAACCUGCAGCUCAGGGAGCCUGUGGGAGCUCUCUCCCUGCCCCAGGCCCCGUGCAGGCCACAGGCAGUAGCCGGGGGAGGAGAGAAAGGAGGAAGUAUGACUGGAAAGGCAGGCUACUCAGUAAUGGCGUCGACCUGUGUGACUGCCUCAAUGUAGAUUGCCCUGGCUGCUUCUACCCUUGCCCCCGGUGCACCUCCAAGAAAUGUGGGGUUAAGUAUCGCUGCAACCACCGCUGGGUCUAUAGAAAAACUGAGAAUGAAUCUGGCGAGCUGGUCAACACCUUCCCCUUCACCUAUCCUGACUAG